UCCAACACGGCGGUUUAGCAAUUACGCCAGCAGCACGGAUAAACAAUUACACAAGCUUAAGCACCAAAUGCACGUUAAAACUUGGAAUUUAAAAUCAAUAGAGUAGUACUGUAAUCGCAUUGUAAACAUCUAGAAAAUUGAGUUUCCUCUCUACAAAUACCUAACCAAAUCUCUGAGUAUUCUCACAAACACACAUUAAUACAUAACUCCUAAAUCUAAAUUUCAGAUCAAUGGCAGACCCAGUGUCACUUUUGGCAGGUCCUAUAAUCACAAAAAUCAUAGAAUUAGCUUAUGCUUUUGGAAAGAACAAGUAUGAUAAAAUCUAUGGAGUUGAAGAUGAGAUAGAAACGAUGAAGAGCAACUUAAAAGUCAUUGGAGCAAAACUUAAGGGUGCUGAAAAUUCCUAUUCGGAUUCAAGAUCCGAACAGCUAGAGGAUUGGCACAAGAGGCUUAAAGAUGCAGCUCUUGAUGUGGAGGAUGUCCUGGAAACUUAUGCUACUGUAGUUACUAUGGGACAGAAUAAGAAGAGCCCGCUUGCCUGGAUUUCUUCUCGAUCAAAGGCUGCAAAAAAGAUCAAGAAAAUGGCGGAUAGGAUCGAGGUGAUCAUCAAGGAGAAGAAUCGAGUAACUGAGCGGACUUCUGAACCUACCAGAAUUGGGUUGCGAGCAAUGGGAUGCUCACGAGACACUUCAGAAAUAGUUGGUAGAGAAAAGGAGCGAGAAGAAAUUGUCAACUGGUUGCUCUCGGAAGAACAAAAUGGAGUUGUUCCUGUUUUGCCCAUCAUUGGAAUGGGAGGCUUAGGAAAAACAACUCUCGCUCAACUCGUAUACAAUGAUCCCAGGGUACAUAAAAAGCCAAAUGGAGCGUGUCAUUUUAAGGUCGUUAUGUGGGUUAAUGUCUCAGUGGAUUCAAGUGUCGAUAGAAUUCUUCAGGAGAUGGUUGAGCUUCUUACGGAAAUGAGGCAUGAUAUGAUUCCUCAAAGCUCAAUUGAAUCUCGAAUCAUUGAAGUCCUGGAUGGAAAGCGUUUCCUCCUUGUACUAGAUGAUGUUUGGGUUGAAAAACUAGACUGGGAACCUCUUCACAAUUUCCUCAAGAUGUGUCCGAAAGGGAGCAAAAUCUUGGUGACCAGCCGAAAUAGUAAUGUGGCAAGAAUUAUGGGUGCUACUCAUACACAUAACUUGGACCAAUUGCCAGAGGAGCAGUGCUGGGAUUUGUUUGCGAAAAGAGCCUUUCCAGAUGGAACAUAUCAUGAGGAUUUAAAAGAAAUCGGUAAAGAAAUUAUCCGCAAGUGCAAUUUCCUUCCUCUUGCAGUGAAGACAAUGGCGGGCUUAUUGCAAGGGAACGAUGAUGUUAAGAAUUGGAAGAGAAUCUUGAAAAACGGGGUCUGGGAAUCAGAGCAAUCGAAUCUCAAAGAUGGGGCUCUGAAUAUUCAGCCUGCUCUCAAGCUGAGUUAUGAUCAUCUCCCCUCUCAACUCAAGCAGUCUUUUGCGUACUGCUGUUUAUUCCCUAAGGGACACAUGUUUGACAAGAAUGAUCUUGUCAAACUGUGGAUUGUCGAAGGUUACAUCCAAACAAGGGGAGAAGACAAGCUUGAGGAUGUUGGAAGCGAUUAUUUCAAUGAGUUGUUGAGACGAUCCUUUUUUCAGAUAUUAUAUAUCGACAACAAGGCAAGGUACAGGAUGCAUGAUCUUAUUCAUGAUUUAGCGAGAUCUGUCUCAAGUGCCUGUCUGCAAAUAGAAGAUAACAAACAUUACACCAUUGAGCAGACAACCAGGCAUGUAUCAUUGCUUUGUAAAGACGUUGAGAAGGUAUCUGCAGAUAUUUUCAAGGCUAAAAAGUUGCGAACAUUACUGUUGCCCAUCAGCUACCCCAGAGAUUUCGGCCAAACUCUUAACAAGUUGUUCUGCACAAUGAAAUACAUGCGGGUUUUAGAUCUCAGUUCAAGCAACAUAAUUGAUUUGCCAAAAUCAAUAGGACAGUUGAAGUUGCUGAGAUACCUUGACUUAUCAAGAACUGAGAUAAGAUUUCUUCCUAACACCAUUUGCAACCUUUGCAACUUGCAAAUCCUGAAGCUCCUUGGGUGUCUUUGGCUUUCAGAAUUGCCCAAAGACCUUGGGAACCUUAAAAAUCUUCUGCAUCUUGAGCUAGACGAGAUGUUUUGGUACAAGUGCUCCAAAUUUCCUCCCAGAUUAGGGGGCUUGGCUAAUUUACGCAAUUUCCCCACUUUCCACGUUCGUCAGGAGAGUGGAUACGGAAUUGAAGAGUUGAAGAAAAUGAACUAUCUAGAAGGUACACUACAUAUUUCUGAGCUUGAAAAUUCAGUCAAUGCAAAGGAAGCGGGGCUUAAACAGAAGGAAGGCCUUACUAAGCUGAUUCUUGAAUGGAGCAAGGAGGAUGUCGCCAAUCCACAACACAGUUCGGUGCAAGAGAGGGUCCUUGAAGAUCUCGAACCUUACCAUAGCCUGGAAGAACUACAAAUACGUCACUACAAAGGAAGCAGAAUUUCAAGUUGGAUUGGCAAUGGAAUUUUCCAAAAUAUUUGCAAGAUUUCCUUAAAGAACUGUGAAAACUGCAGGAUUCUCUCAAUUGGUCAAUUAUCACGACUUCGAGAGCUUUGCAUCAAGGGAAUGUUAGAGUUGGUCGAAUGGCCAAAUACGCUUUAUCCUUCCUUGACAAGGCUGACUAUAUCUAAGUGCCCACAGUUGCAGAAACUCCCACAUAUUUUUCCAAAUCUCCAGGCUAUGAAAAUCAAGCAAUGUGAUGCUCUCAAAGCUCUAGCACUGACACCAUCAAUGAUGUUUCUGAACCUUAGCAACAAUUCCUCACUAGAAGAUUGGAGAGAAGCAUCUGUGCGUGUUGUUACAGUGAAUCAAAAAGGCCAAGAAAAUCCUAUAAUGCCUUCGUAUAUGAAUCUACUUGAACUAACGAUUGUUAAUAAUCCAAGGCUGCAAGAACUCCCACGAGUAUUUUUUCCUCAGAAGUUGCAUAUAAGCGGGUGCACUUCGAUAAGAGCACUUCCAAUUCCCAACCAUAGCCAACGUCUUCAAUGUUUAGAACUCGAUACAUACAAUGGUUCAAGCUUGUUAGAAUCAAUACCGAGUACCACCUCCUUGUACUCAUUGAUAAUCUCUAACAUCACAAACAUGACCGCCUUACCCGAAUUGCCACCUCUUCCUCGGCUACAAUCUUUGUAUAUAAAAAACUGUCAGGAUCUAGUGAAUUUGCCCCACAGAGAUGGUUCCCUGGAAGCUCUCACCUCGCUGAAACUUCUGUCUAUUUCAGGUUGUCCAAAGCUGGUAGAAUUUCCAGAAGAAGGGCUUCCCACAUCACUUGAAUGCUUGAUCAUCGAUAAUUGUUCCAAUCUGAAAUCUUUUCCUACAAGAAACUAUCUAGCAAGGCUCAUCUCCCUUAAGGAUUUGUAUCUGAAGGACUGCCCCAAAAUUAACUUAUUGCCAGAACAUGGACUUCCCACCUCCCUCCGGCAUUUAUGCAUACGAGGAUGCAAUCUACUCACUGAAAAAUGUGAUAAAGACGGAGGAGGCGUGUAUUGGCAAAUGAUCAGUCAUGUUCCAGACAAGGAGCUUGAUACAGUCGAGACUUCUCACGUAAAAUCAUCUCCUGGACCUAGAAAAACAUAUCUUGCUUGCUUUACAGGAAAUUAGUAGUGUUUUGCUGCAAACAUAAGGAUGUUUUAUUCCCUUAAGAAUGAGAGCAUUGAUAAAUAAAAUGCAAGUUUAGUUGACUGCUCUCUUUGUCCCAAAAUGUAAGUUUCAUAUUUCUUUUAAGGUUAACCCCAAUUACAAAAGCCCCAAUCUGUUUGUUACAAGGUAUUUUGUAUUAUACCAACUCAUUAUCUUGCAAUCUAAAUCACAUCUUUCACC